ACGUUGCUAGGGAACGCCCGCAGACCGGAAGUGAGCUCGGCAGGCGCGGAAGCCGGGGGCCGGGGCGCCGGAGCACGGCGGGCGCGGUGACGUCCCCCGACAUGGCGUCGAACGAGUGAAGAAAGUGCCUCCCGGGUGGGUGCCGCCAGGCAGCCCGGCUCGCAGCCCCCCGCCCGCCCCCAGGAUGCGGCCGUCGCACCACUGCGGGCACCUCCUGGAGCGGCUGAACGCGCAGCGGGAGGCCGGCUUCCUGUGCGACUGCACGGUGGUCAUCGGCGAGCAGCAGUUCCGCGCCCACCGCAACGUGCUGGCCUCGUUCAGCGAGUACUUCGGGGCCGUGUACCGAGACUCCCCGCACGGCGACGUCUUCCUGGACCAGAGCCAGGUGAAGGCCGAUGGCUUCCAGAAGCUCCUCGAGUUCAUCUACACGGGCACGCUGCACCUGGACAGUUGGAAUGUUAAAGAAAUUCACCAGGCUGCAGACUUUCUCAAAGUGGAAGAGGUGGUCACUAAAUGUAAAAUAAAGAUGGAAGAUUUUGCUUUUAUUGCUAAUCCCUCUUCUUCAGAGGUAUCUAGUAUUACUGGCAACAUUGAGUUGAACCAACAGACUUGCCUCCUUACCCUUCGAGAUUUUACCCCCCGGGAAAAACCAGAAACUUCUAUUGAUUUGGUUCAGGUACAUGCUAAAAAGGUAACUUUAGAAACGAAGCCCCCUCAAACUAAAAAGAAGAAGAAGACUUUCAAUUCCCAGAAAAACGUGCAGAAUAAACCAGUGCAAUAUUCCAAUGACAUUUUAGAGAAUUCAUCUGUUGACAUGUUCUUAGAUAUAAAUAAAUUGCCUUCACCAGUAACAGAACAAGUUGCACAAGGAAAUGAUACCUCGGAACUCCAGCUGACUUCAGUUGUGGGAAAGGAUAAUUUUACAACACAAGAUAUCAUUUUGCAAACAGUGGCAAUGAAACAGAAACGGGGAAAACCCCAGCCAAACUGUGCUUUGAAAGAGCACUGUAUGUCUAAUAUAGCCAGUGUCCCAAACACUUAUGAGCUGGAAGCCUCUGGAGAAGACCUCGAUCCAAGGUACUCGAAGAACAAGCCGAUGUGCAACACUUGUGGCAAAGUGUUUUCAGAAGCCAGCAGCCUAAGACGACACAUGAGAAUACACAAGGGGGUAAAGCCCUAUGUCUGCCAACUGUGUGGAAAAGCAUUUACCCAGUGUAACCAGCUGAAAACACAUGUCAGAACUCACACAGGGGAGAAGCCAUAUAGGUGUGAGCUCUGUGACAAAGGUUUUGCUCAGAAGUGCCAGCUAGUUUUUCAUAGUCGCAUGCAUCAUGGUGAAGAAAAGCCCUAUAAGUGUGAUGUAUGCAAUUUACAGUUUGCAACUUCUAGCAAUCUCAAGAUUCAUGCUAGAAAACAUAGUGGAGAAAAGCCAUAUGUAUGUGACAGGUGUGGACAGAGAUUUGCUCAGGCCAGCACGCUGACUUACCAUGUUCGUCGGCACACCGGAGAAAAGCCUUAUGUGUGUGAUACAUGUGGGAAAGCGUUUGCAGUGUCUAGUUCCCUCAUAACUCACUCUCGGAAACAUACAGGUGAAAAACCAUACAUAUGUGGUAUUUGUGGGAAAAGUUUUAUUUCCUCAGGAGAACUCAACAAACACUUUCGAUCCCAUACAGGGGAAAGACCAUUUAUCUGUGAAUUAUGUGGAAAUUCCUAUACCGAUAUAAAAAAUUUAAAGAAGCACAAAACAAAAGUCCAUUCUGGAUCUGAAAAAACUCUAGAUUCCACUAUGGGGGAUAACACUUUUAAUGACCAAGAUCCCACGCAGAAAAGUCCAUUGUCAGAACCUCUAGAUGUGAAACCUUCUGACAUGACUUUACCAUUAACUCUUCCCCUCGGAACGGAGGACCACCAGAUGUUGUUGCCUGUAACGGAUAAUCAGUCUCCAUCAUCAGAAACGUUGUUGAGAUCAACUGUAAAUGGAAAGUGGAGACGCCAGCUAAGUCUCUCGUCUUGAUUGACUUUCACACAGAGGGAGGUGUUGAGGCUAUAAAAGAUCUUCAUGAUGAAAAUAUCCACACUUUCCUCAGAUUCUGGUGUUCUCAAGAAAAGAGAAGCUUCAGGGAGGCUGAAGACCAAAGGAGUCAAGGAGCCUUGAAGGUCGGGCAUUUCUUAACGAAGCUGAAUUGUGUGAACAGAAGACUUGGAGAAGACCUGGAACACAAAUGGGAAUGCCAUGAUGAGCAGAGGCCCAGCCUUGGAGGCCGUGCAGGGCUGAGACCAGAGUUAGGUCUAGGUCAGAAGAGGCUGUGUUACGCCGGACAAGCCUUUUUACUUGUUUGAGCCAGUAGCAAAUAAGAUUGAAGUGCUUGGCUCAUAGGGCUGGGAUCAAAUGAGGUCAUUAUAUAAAGGGCCUUGUAAAUGUCUAUUAUCACCCCUCUGAGGACUGCUAAGGAAUGAAGGAUUUCAGUAAAUGCUAAUUAGGUGCCAGUUCUCCGUAAGUUGGACCUAGAAGGAAUCUUGACGGUCACCUGGUCCAUCUCCCUUAUUUUACAGAUGAGUAAGUGGAGGGUUAGAGGCAUUCAAUAACUUCAGCUAACUGCAAGUCUAAGCUUUCUGACUCAGAAUGCAAGGCUUUUCCCUCCGCAUUGUACUGAAUACUCUCAUACAGAUUAAGAUGGUGCAUAAGAGACUCAGUCCUGGAAGAGGGUGAGGAGAGAGAGAUCCCUUUGGAGCGGGGAUGGAUGGGGAAAGAUUUCAUGGGCAUGGCAUUUGAGCUGGGUUUUGAAGAAACAGGGUUAGUGUUUCAGUAAGAGAAACAGAGACAAAGACAAAAAGUCGUGGAGAUGAAAGCUGCAAAAGACAGUGAAAACCUGGAAUAUCCUCUGAGUUACAGCAUGCUUAAGAGAACAAUAAUGAAGAAGAGUCUUUAAAAAAAUUUAAAAAUAUAUAUAAGGUUGCCAUCCAUCCAUUGAUUUUAUAUGUGAUUUCAUGCACAUAUCUGUAUAUGCAUAUACAUAUACAUAUGCUCUUUAACAGCUCAUACAUUAUCAUAUAAAGAAAAUAACACUCAGCUUUAAGUCCAAAGACCUGUGUUCAUAACCUGCCCUAUUACCACCUGUGCCAUCUAGAGCAAUCAUUUGGUUGCUUCCACUUAGAUUUAAUUGAUUUCAAUACCUUCCACUUAUUUAAUACCUAUUCUUUGCCAGGAAGUGUAUUGGCUGUAUGGAAUACAAAGACAAAAAUAAUAAGGGCAGACCCUUAACAGAACUUAACAUAGUGGGAAGCAAUUUGUGCAUUAAUAAGAAUUUGCAAAUGUAUACAAGUCACUUAGCCUCUGUGGACCUCAGUUUCCUUAUUUGUAAAAGGAGAUGAUUGGACUAGACCUCCUCCAAAGUUAUUAAAUUCUAAGUCCGUGAUUGUAUCAGUGCAGGGAAGCCACCCCCAGAUUUGAAAGAAUUAAUCUCUUGAAGUACUGUGCUGAAUUAGAUAACAUUUGCUCACAAAGUAAACAUCAGCUGACAAAACCAGCCAAGGACCAAAGUUAAGGAUCACCAUUAUUCUAGUACAGAGUUCUUGGACCACCUACCAGGAUUUUCUUCUCCUUUGGAUAGGGGUGGAUGGGUCAAAGAAUGAUUAUGGACUUCCAUUCGAUUUUGCUCUGUUUUAAAGGUAAUCUUCAGCUUGAGAUCUUAAAAUGAUUUGACUUGUGAAAAGGAAAUUUAUGAAAAUUUAUUUUUAUUCGUUUCACCACCUAGCACGGUGCCUUGCAUAAAACAACUGCUUCACAAAUGUUAGUUGAAUUGUCUUGAUCAUUUAAGGAAUUAUAAGCAGGAACAUGAUUCUGAUGAAGAGGAAUACCUCAUAGGCCAUCCAUCCUUAAGUAUGAAUCUCUGAGAUAUGAUAUUGGUGGCAAUGAUGAUGAGAUUUUGCUUGGGUGCUUCCACUCUCCAGACAUUCCUCUUCUUUUCCCAUUUGUCUUCUUUGCUCUCCUUUACUAGUCGCUAUCCAAGAAAAUUGAUGAAGGAGGAAAUCGUGUCCUUUCUGAAAGUUUAGCCUAAGGGUACAAAAUGUCAGGUUUUUGCUAAUGAAAGCAUAUUCAGAAGUUUACAGAUUUUGCCUGGUUCAAGGUAAUAUCAUUGAAACUUGCUUUCACCGCAUUUUCCCUACUCUGAAAUAUUGUAAUAUUGAUGCAAUUCCAUGAAGAAAUGCAACAUAUGACAGGAACAAACACCUUGAAUCUCUUACAUUUUUGAUGUCUCUCAGUGAAUUAUGUGAUUGUGAAGAGAAAAGAUUUUGGGCGCAGAAUCAUAGAAUUUUAGAGUUGGAAGGGACUUUAGAAGCUAUUUAACUCAGUCCAUAUUUGUACUAGAACCUUCUCUAAAAUGUAACCAAUAAGUCAUGAACAAUUUUUUACUGGAAGACUCCUGAUAAAGGACCUGCAGUACCUUCUGGGGCAGCCCAUUCUACUUCCAGGUAGCUCUCUCACCUCUUUGCACCAUUGAUCUACCGCUUCUAACCUAGGACUGAACUAUCCUGAUUGGUGACUGAGUGAACAGGGCAAACUCACAAAGCCCGCUAUUUCUAGGUGGUUUUGGAUCAGACCAGCCAGACCAUUCCUCACAUCCUUGUCUGGCUGUCCACACAGUUAGUGUGCUGUCUGCCCUGCCGCUGCCCUCUCUAGACACCAUGCCCUGGGGGGACUUGAUCCAGUCAUCUUUGGAACUUCUUUCUGCAGUCCAUCUAUCUUCUUUUUUUCUUUUUUUUUUGGCGGGGCAGUGGGGGUUAAGUGACUUGCCCUGGGUCACAAAGCUAGUAAGUGUCAAGUGUCUGAGGCCGGAUUUGAACUCAGGUCCUCCUGAAUCCAGGGCCAGCGCUUUAACCACUUCGACACCUAGCUGCCCCUGUCCAGUCCAUCUAUCUUGAUUGUUGAGCUCAAACUCACAUCGUGCACCACAUCAUAGCCACUAUACCAGAUCAUCCAGCCUCUCUGCUUCACAGCCCAGCCACCCAUUCCAGCUGUCUCCUUGACAAGACCAGCUGAGCACAUGCUGCUUCUUUACCAAUGGAAGGCUCUAGUGACUGCAAGAACACUCCAUGACAAGAGGCAGAGGCUGUUUCUGUCCAGGUGUAUGAAUGAGAACAGAGGAAAGAACUACACAGGGUACUAAGCAUGGGACGUAAUGACUCUGAAGGAAAGGGCACUGAAACCCAACUGGAGCCAAUCCUGUCUCCUUCAGAGUAUUGGGCAGAAACCCAGACUACUGAACCCUGUAUAUCCCAAUAUAAGGAAGCUGAGUCUGUCUUUCAGGCUAGCCUUAAAGAUCUACUCUGCAGCAAAGGAAGGUCUUGAAAGUAAGUGAUGGAACAAGACCAAAAAAAAAAAAGGAUUGACAUACCAAAGGCAUUAAGAGAAAAGUUCCACCCACUAUUUGUUUUUCCGUUGCCCUUUUGAGUCACUUUAGCUAUGUUUCUUUGUUCUUUUUUUUUUUUUUUUUUUUUUUUUUUUUUUUGGUGUUUGUGUGAGGCAAUU